CAUGGGGAGCUUACCGUCAAGAGGGUGCUGAUAGACUUACGGAGUUUUUUUAUUUUUGUUUUUAACAUUUAUGUUCAUAAAUUUGAGGAAAGCUUAAUCUUAUUUAACUCCAUGCUUGUGUGGUUCAGCUACACUGCUUCAUCUUGUCAGCUGACUAUUGGACACUAGCGAGCCGCCGGUUUAAUAUUUAAAAUGCAGACUGUGAAGGUCGGCCAUUUGGCUUUGGUUGCGUCGAGGGCUCUCGGCUCAAGAAGACUGUAUUGUUGUGAGUUUCUUAAAGUGUCGGCUUCCUGUCGGUCUCUCGGCCAAACUCGCUUCUGUCAGGCAGGAACGGAGACCGCGGUCAUCCGUUUUCCCCGGUACUUGCAGAGGCGCGUUGAAAGCGUGAAGCAAACUCGGGGCAAAAACAAGAUCAACACCAUCAAAGCUGGAAAGCUCCUCAUCCAGAGCAAGAACCCUGUUCUGAACCAGUCUGCCGGCUACAUCCUAGGAAAGUUCGAGCAGCCUCCUCUUUGCUCUAAAGGAUGGAAACAUAACAAAUCAUUCGGUGACUAUUUCACCAUCAACAAUAUCAAGGCUGUUGGACCUUACUUUGCUGAAAACGGGAAAGAAGAUGCUGGAGAGAAACCACUAGCUACGUUUAAUAAUUUCCACAUCUGCAAGAAGCUGGUGGAAACUUUAGAGAGUCUCAGUAUUAAACAUCCCACCACUGUGCAGCUGCAGACCAUCCCCAAAGUCAUGAGAGGUCACAACGUACUUUGUGCUGCGGAGACCGGGAGUGGGAAGACGCUGAGUUAUCUCCUACCUGUUGUUCACACGCUGCAGGCUGAUAAGGAGUCGGCGAAUUACGGUGAGAGUGCACACAAGAUUCGCACUGUGGUUCUUGUGCCUUCAAGAGAGCUGGCAGAGCAAGUGGCAGCUGUGUCCAGGGCUCUGUGUGCUCCAUUUGGUUUCAUUACAAGGACCGUGGGAGGAGGACGAGGUGUGGGACACAUCAAGACAGUCUUCAGGAGGGAUCAUCCUGAUAUUUUAGUGGCUACACCAGGUGCGCUGGUCAAGGCGCUGCGGCGGCGUUGUCUGGAUUUGAGUGAACUGAGGUUCUUUGUGGUAGAUGAGGCUGACACGAUGUUUGACCCCAGCUUUUCUGAUAUGCUGGAGAGCAUUCUGCUCCACAUCAACGUUGCUAGAGAUCCCAAGGAAACACGUGGCCUGGGUCAUAAAGCACAGCUCCUGGUGGUAGGGGCAACCUUUCCAGGCGGUGUCGGUGACGUGCUUCACAAGGUAACGGAUCUUGGUAAAAUUGUGGUUAUCAAGAGCAGGAUGCUGCACUUUCUUAUGCUCCAUGUCAAACAGACUUUCCUUAAGGUAAAGGGUGCUGACAAAAUCCUAGAACUCCACCAAGCUCUAAAGCUGCUGCAACAAGACAAAGGUGGGGGUGCAGUUCUGGUUUUCUGCAACAAGUCCUCCACUGUCAACUGGAUUGGAUACUCACUUGAAGAGAUGGGGGUCAAGCAUGCACGUCUGCAAGGGGAGAUGCCUGCCGCUGUGCGUGCGGGAAUCUUCCACUCCUUCCAGAAGGGCAAUGUAGAUGUGCUGGUAUGCACCGACAUUGCCUCACGUGGCCUGGACACAUCUAGAGUGCGCUUGGUGGUCAACUACGACUUCCCAGAAUCACACACGGACUACAUCCACCGAGCAGGCAGAGUAGGGAGAGCAGGUGGGGUAGGGGAUGGGGAGGUGCUCAGCUUUGUCACUCAUCCCUGGGAUGUGGAGCUAGUGCAGAAGAUUGAGACAGCUGCACGCAGGAGAACUAGUUUGCCAGGCAUGGAAUCUGCCAUACAUGAACCAAAGCCCAGAGUAUUAAAUGAAGAGGAAUAGAUAUUUUGUGUGUUUGUAAUUUAAAUGGAAAACAUGAAACAGAUUCUGAGCAAGAUUUAUUCAAAAUGUAGCUGCAGUUAAAACAAUACAGAAGGCUGUUACUGCUACACCCAUGUUUCUGAGCCAUCUGUGACUUACAAAGGUUGGUGUGGGUUUUUUUUUUUUUUUUUUAAAGGGGAAUUUUUUUUUUCUGGAAAACAAUUCAAAAAUAGUUUUUGUUUAUUUCUAAGUCAGUGGUUCUCAAACUUCUACACUGUAGAGCCACUGCAGGUGGGACAACCAGGGGAAAAAAUAGGUUGAAUGAAUAUGAAAAUAAGAGUCUGGUGAUGCUGUUACACUGACCUUUAUAUAAAAUUCAACUUGGACCCUUUUUUAUUAUUAAUGAAUGUUUUAAAAUUGUGGAGUAAUGUGUGCAUACUUUCUUCAGUUUUUUGGAGUCAGGUGUGCCAGAAGAAGAUUGAGAACAUUAAAACAUUCCCACCAUGGAUAAUUUGAAAGGAAGACAAUUGGAAAUCUUACCAGUUUUCCCUGGUUAUAACCUGGAAUACCUUGUUAAGCACAGAUUUAAGGGGAAUUUGGGAUUUGCCCAAAUUGUGUGUACUUCACGACUGAAUUUAUUUUUCUGUAAUAUACAAAAUAUUGUUAAA